AACAAUUGAUUUUGGCAUGAAAACUGCGAUUUGUGGUUUAAGUGUAUUACUAUUAGAUGGCAUAAUCUUUAACAAUAUUGAUGAAGGAGAGAUUAUUUCCCUCUGUGUUCCAAUAUGAAAAUGAAAUCAAAAUCAAAAUCACCCUUCAUUUUUCUCUUAUUGUUUAUCAUUUGUGCUUGUGCUCUUGUUCUUGAGGCCUCCAACAAUGGUCAUAGACCCUUCAAAAUGGAAGGAAACGAAGAGCUCCAUAUCAAAAGAUCCGAUUUUCCAGAUGGGUUUCUCUUUGGAGCAGCUACUUCAUCUUACCAAGUUGAAGGAGCCUAUCUUGAGGAUGGCAAAUCUUUAAGCAACUGGGAUGCAUUUUGUCAUUCCGUAGGAUGUGGAGAAAAUGGAGAUGUUGCAGACGAUCAUUAUCAUCUCUUCUUGGAAGAUAUUGAUAUGAUGCAUUCCCUUGGUAUAAAAGCAUACCGAUUUUCGAUUUCAUGGGCUAGAAUUCUACCAAGAGGAAAGUCGGGUGAAGUUAAUACUGCAGGAAUCACGUUCUACAACGAGAUCAUAGACAAUUUAAUUCUCAAAGGGAUCGAGCCAUUUGUGACGAUGCACCAUUUUGAUUUUCCUCAAGAACUUGAAGUGAAAUAUGGAUCUUGGCUAAACCCCGAGAUGCAGGAAGAGUUUGUAGUUUUCACAGAAAGUUGUUACAAAUAUUUUGGAGACCGAGUGAAGUACUGGAUCACAAUCAACGAACCAAACUUAUUCACAAAAGAAGCUUAUGAAAGUGGGGUUUUUCCACCGGCUCGUUGUUCAGAGCCCUUUGGCAACUGUCUGACUGGAAACUCUGAUGUGGAGCCUCUCAUUGUUAUGCAUAACAUGUUGUUGGCUAAUGGCAAAGCAACAAAGCUAUAUCAUGAUAGUUAUCAGCCUAAACAUGGUGGAUCGAUCGGAAUUGUUGUAAGUUGUUUAAUGUACGAACCACUAACAAAUACGGAUCUUGAUCGUAAGGCUGCCGAGAGAGCAUUCGCCUUCGAUAUUGGCUGGGUACUUGAUCCCCUGAUAUAUGGAGACUACCCUGAAGAGAUGCACAAAUAUCUUGGAAGUCGAUUACCAAGUUUCUCCCUUGAAGAAAAGAAUCUUUUGAAGAAUAGUAUUGAUUUUAUUGGCAUCAACCAUUACUCAACUCUGUAUGCCAAAGAUUGUAUAAACUCUAGUUGCUCUUCAAUCGGGGCUCGUGCAAUCCAAGGUUUUGUGGACAUUACGGAAGAGCGUGAUGGCGUGUUGAUCGGUGAACGUACGGGUUUAGAAGAAUUAUUCGUUGUUCCUAGAGGCAUGGAGGAAAUUGUUAACCAUAUCAAGAUUCGGUACAAUAAUAAACCCAUGUUUAUUACUGAAAAUGGGUAUUCUUCACCGGAUGUAUACGAGGAACGAGUUGAUAAGAUUUUGAAUGAUGUGAAACGAAUUGAAUUCCACUCAAAAUACCUUGCUUUUUUAGCCAAAUCAUUAAGAAACGGAGCUGAUGUACGUGGAUAUUUUGUGUGGUCAUUGAUGGACGGAUAUGAAUGGUUACAAGGUUACGAUGUGAGAUUUGGGUUAUAUUAUGUUGAUCGUGAAACACUAAUAAGAAGCCCAAAACUUUCUGCAAAAUGGUAUAAAGAGUUUUUGAUGAACAAGAGUGAUCUUAUUGAUAUGAAAGCAUCAGGAGGAAGAAGAUCUUUCCAAAACAUGUUAUGAUGCUGAGAAAUGAAUAAGCAUAAAAAUAUUUGAUGCAAGAAAAUCAUGUGCUUUAUAAAAUAUGUAUUAUUAUGGGAAAUGUUAUUAAUAAUAAAAAUGUAACGAAAUAAAACCAGCAAGCGCAUCUAGUGUAGUGGUAUCAUAGUACCCUCCCACG